AUGCUAAUCGACAUUUCGGAGGAGUACUACGCGUGGCACGAAGGGGCGUAUAGUACGCUUUUGAAUGCGCUGCUGCCGCAUUUACAUCCGAUGCUGGGCAGGCACGUGUACGACUUGCUAGGCGGGAUCGAGGACAUUGCAAAAGGGAAUAUGGGGGCGUGUGUGCGGACCAAGAUGAGUGUGGGCGAGUUUGAAGAUAUGUUUGGGGGCGAGGCCGAGGCCGAGAGGUACUUGACUAGGCCGUUGACGAGGAGCGUUGAGAUUUACUGUGUCUCGGGUGCGGUGUGGGAUACAGGGUAUAAGAAUGUGCAGUCGAGAGCUGCGUAUAGCGAGUGGCAGCAGCGCUGUGUGCGGGUCGAGCGAGAAAAAGGAGUUAGGAUGUGCGAUGUUGUCGAGGAGCUGAGGGGGGUGUUGAAGCCUGAGGAUUUCGCUCAGCAAGAAGGCAAUGCCGAGAUUUUGCUCCAGUGGCAGAUGGCGGACCUUCGUGCGACAUCUGCUAAUUUCGGGGGUAUCAAUAGCAUAUGGUGA